GGUAGAGCGAAAAGCAGCUGCUGGUGACAAUACCCAACCCUGAGCCAGUAUCAAGUUCUGGUUCAGCUCUAAGGACAGAGAACUUGUGGAGACACUCCGGGCCUCACAGGACUUCAGCACCUGAGACAGCUCCAGUAUUCUGAAGAACAGAAGGCUUACGGGGAGCACUCCCAGGCAAGAGAUGGAAACCAAGAGGAACCACCGGCUCCUCCUGCUCCUGACCCUUUGCAGCAUGCUCUUCUCACAAACAGUGGCGUGGCUUCCUUUGGGGGACCCUUCUGCUGUAGGAAUACCCUAUGAAGGAGCAAAUGAACCUGAUCAAGUUUCAUUAAAGUCAGACACUGACAUCUUGGAAAAUGCAUUAGCUGAAAAUGACACACCUUAUUAUGAUGCAUCCAGGAAUGCCAGACAUGCUGAUGCAGUUUUCACCAAUGACUAUAGUAGACUCUUGGGUCAAAUUUCUGCCAAAAAAUACCUUGAGUCUCUUAUUGGAAAACGAUUUCGCAAUGACAUCUUGGAAGACCAGGGGCCAAUCAAACGCCACUCGGAUGCGGUCUUCACUGACAACUACACUCGCCUUCGAAAACAAAUGGCGGUGAAGAAGUAUUUGAACUCAAUUCUCAAUGGGAAGAGAAGCACUGAGGGGGAAUUGCCUGACUUUCUUGAGGAGCUAGAAAAAUGAUGAAAAGGGUCUUUGAGGAAAGCUGGCAACAACUUCCCAGUGAAUUCUUGAAG